UGUAUCGGUGCAUUGGCUUGGUGUGGAAUGCAUAAUCGAUGUUGUAGAAAUCCAUUCAUCAAUAAAAACGAUGAAUGUUCGCCAAAUCAAACAUUUGAUUAUGAACAAUAUGGUAAUCAUAAUUGCCGUCGCAAUAAUAACGGUGAUCACAAUAAUAAUAAUAAUAAUAACAAUUUUCAAGAUUGUAACAAACGUUAUAAUCAGAAAAAUAUUACUCUGAAUAAUUUAAUCAAUGUAAGACGAUCAAAUGGUAUUGUACGUAGUCGUCCAGUGCAUUCUAAUUACGAAGUUCCAAGAAAUUCUCUAGAAAUGUUAGAAAUUCUUGGUGAAGGAAAUUUCGGACAAGUAUGGAAAGCACGUAGUCAUUAUUUUGGCAAUAAAGAUAAUAAUAAUAUACAGCUUGUUGCGGUUAAAACGAAUAAAUUGAUGGAAAACAACAGUGAACAACAGGAUGAUUUAUUGAAAGAAUUAGACAUCAUGGUACAAUUGGGAUCACAUCCAAAUGUUGUCCGUUUACUAGGUUGUUGUACAGAAAACAAGCCAUAUUACAUUGUGAUGGAAUUUGUAGCGCAAGGAAAAUUAUUAUCAUAUCUACGAAAACGUCGGGAUGAUUAUCUGGAUGUCAUCAAUGAUUAUAAUUCAACAGCAGCAGCAGCAGCAGCAACAACAGCAGCAGUUUCUAAAUCUUUGACGACUACGGCACAACAUUAUAAUAAUCAACAUCAACAUACAAAUCCAAAUUCAAAUGGGCCAUUUAUCAACAAUAAUAAUUACAUGACUUAUUAUCAUCAAACAAAUAAUAACAAUAAUAAUGGUUAUGGUGAGAUUAAUCGUAAAUCGUUUUCAAAACCAAUGAAUAAACAUUCACAACAAAAUAUAAAUGAUCAAUCAUUGUCAUCUUAUGAUUUGAUUCAUUUUGCCUAUCAAAUUUCGAAAGGAAUGGAAUUCAUAAGUAGUCAUGGAAUUAUACAUCGUGAUUUAGCCGUUCGUAACAUAUUGAUUGAUGAGAAUAAAAAUUGUAAAGUGGCCGAUUUUGGUCUUAGUCGAAGUAUACGUGAUAAAGAUUGCGAUAUGUAUGAAAUGAAACAUGGUGGCCAAGUUCCAGUCCGUUGGAUGAGUCCAGAGGCAUUGACAAUGGGAAUAUUUUCAAUAAAAAGUGAUGUAUGGGCAUUUGGCAUUACGUUAUGGGAGAUUGUUACAUUAGGAUCGACGCCAUAUAUCGGUAUGAGUGCACCUGAAGUUAUUAACUACAUUAGACAAGGCAAUAUCUGUUCACAACCAGUACAUUGUAAUGAUCAUUUGUAUGAUCUCAUGAAAAGCUGUUGGGCAUAUAAAGCAGAUGAUCGAUUUACAUUCACACAAAUCAAAUAUCAUCUAAUGAAGAUGUUGUUGGCCAUUCAAGAAAACAAUAAUAAUAAAGACAAUUAUAUUGAUCUGGAUAAUUUUAAUAAUUCAUUAUAUUAUUUCAAUACAACUGAUCCAUCGGAUGAAAAACUUUGAACAUCAUAUAUGAUUGUUGUAAAAAAUAUAUUUUUUUAUUAAUUCAUUUUAUGUACAUAAAAUUUUAAAUAAA